AUGGCUGUGGUUAGUGUAGCCGAUGUUAUGAUGCAGCGCGGGCUGGCAUGGUUAGAUUCUGUCGGGGGAGAAAAAGGAAUUCAGAAACCACAGGGGGGAAGAUGGGGGAAUUGUCGGUAUCAGCAUCUGAUGGCGUUGCAAGAACGAGCCAGGAAAGCACGCCAAGGGGUAUGGCAACUUCGGCGAGAUGUACUGAAGGAUCUUCGGCUUGACGAGGAGGGGAAUUUGCCUCGUUUCAGCGGAGAAGAGAGUGCUUUCCCAGCUCUACUCCUUGCACAGAUGUUGCAGUAUCUUUCAGGCGACAAUGGCGACGGAAAAUCAACGGCUAAGGAGGAGAACGGGGGGCGCUUCUUUGCUGCACUUGUCACGAGAGUUGUAGAUGGGGAUACAGUACGUUUGGCCCCUGUGUUGUCAGACGAACAUGUGCAUAGGCUUAUGCACGAGAAUGAGAGACGCUCUAUAUCAGAACUGGAGUCAUGGGGUGAUGGAGAGAAGAGUGUAGCUGUGAAGGACGCGGACAAGCGCUUCAUUCUAACUACCGUCUAUGCCAUAGACACGCCAGAGGUGGCGAGAGGGGGGUUAAAACCUUACACGGGUCGGGCUGUUUUGUCUGUCGGGGCACACCUCACCUACGGGAGUGAACAGCUGGAUGAAGGGGGGCAACCGCUGGGCGUAGCGGCUGGGCGGGCAAUGUCAGAGCUGGUCUUGGGGAGGGUUGUACUGGUAGAGGAGCUGGGGAGUGAUUGCUUUGAGCGGCUUGUAGCGCGUAUUUUUAUCCCCGCUGUAUCGGAUAGUCUGCACACCGGUGCCGCUUCCCAUGCUGCUUUCUUUUCUCUUCUAUCGACGGAAUUACGGUGCCUCUAUAUUAGAGAUUUCGGUAGUGUGGCGGAUCUGCCGCAGUGCACGGGGGUGCGUGGCGUGGUUUCCAUCGUUCAUAGAAUCCGCAAAGCAAGAUCAGGCAACUUGCAGCAGCUUCUGUUGGGGUGUAUGAGGAGGAUGGUGUACAAUCACAUCCGGGGUCUGAUAGAUGCCAGCGAGGAGAUGUUGCGCAGGGGCCUCGCGCGCGUUUAUUGUGCGGCGUCAGUAAAAGUGAAAUACGGAGGCAAAGAACAGAAAAAAAGGUUAGAAGAGUUGGCUCGCACAGCGGAAAACAGAGGCUGCGGAAUGUGGGGAUUACCUUGGUGGUGCCAAGAGGAUCCCAAGGAGCACAGAAGACGGACAAGGGGUGAUGGACGUUUCACAUGCAACGAGGGAAAACUGGAGCGGCGGAAGACUUGCAACAACAUACUCAUAAAUUCGUGUAUAGGGGGGAACGGAAACAGAUAA